AUGGCCCCAUCAGGACCACCACUUCGUCAACUAGGUAAGAACGGCCCACAGGUGCCGGCUUUAGGUUUUGGCCUGAUGGGCCUUGCUGGUGCCUACGGAGCGAAGCCUAGUGAGGAAGAGCAAUUCAAAGUACUUGAUCGGGCCCUCGAGCUUGGAAAUACUUUUUGGGACACAGCGGACAUUUAUGGCUUCAACGAUGAGAUGCUGAACGCCUGGUUCAAACGCACGGGAAAAAGAGACCAAAUUUUUCUGGCAACGAAAUUCGGCAUACUCAUGGAGCGUGGGACAACAGACUUCAAGGGUCUGAACAGUUCUGGCGCAUACUGCAAGAAAGCUUGCGAGGCCAGUUUGGAAAGAAUGGGUAUUAAGACUAUAGACCUGUACUACGCCCACCGCCUUAACCCAGAUACUCCCAUCGAAGAGACAAUGCGAGCUAUGGUGGAACUAAAAGCGGAAGGUAAAAUCAGAUACAUUGGGAUUUGCGGCGCCAGCUCCAACGCUCUCCGGAGGGCAUGCAAGAUUGCGCAUGUCGAUGCAGUCCAGGUUGAAUACUCGCCAUUUGUACGUGAUAUAGAGACUGAAGCAGGUACAGACCUGCUCAAGACGUGUCGUGAGCUUGGCAUCGCCGUCGUGGCGUAUGCCCCGCUUGGACGUGGCCUGUUGACGGGUUCUCACAAAACCAACGCGUCGCUUGAGGAGGAAGAUGUCCGCAAAAAAUAUAUGCCCUGGUUCAGGCCCGAGAACAUUGAAUCCAACGCGAAGGUGGUUGAGCAAUUCAAAUGCUUCGCGGACAAGAAGAAUUGUACAACGGCCCAGCUUGCCAUUGCGUGGGUCGUGAAGCAGGGCAAAGAUAUCAUUCCAAUCCCUGGUACAAGAAGCAUCAAAUAUCUGGAGCAGAACUGGCAUUCUCUCGAUGUACAUCUAAGCGAUGAAGAAGAAGCUGAGAUCCGCGCAUUCCUUGAAAAUGCCGAUAUCCAAGGUAGCAACGAGACCGACGCUGGGAAAAGGCUGUCGUUCGUUGACACGAAGGAGGAGUCAGCAUGA